AUGCUCUGGAGAGUAUUGCUUGCGUUUCUGUGGAUGUUCCUUCCGUCUACAGGGGGGGACAUUUUGACUCUGGAUGACCUUCAAAUAAUCAACACCAUGAUACGGCAAGGGGAUGAUGUCAUGAUAAGGCUUGAACCAACAAAAGCGUCGGCUGUAAGACAAAAGACAGUCUGUCGAAGGAUGCGGAAUAAGCUUGUAGAAACGCUUGAGAAGGCCCACGGGCUUUCUGUAAGAAGCGAAGCAGCGGAAGCAAUCCGAUUAUGUACCGCAAGCAAUCCACAGAAUAGAGCGGACUUUGCACUGGAAAACUCUGGUACGGUGUAUUCCGGGUUGAAAGAUGUCAUCGACAGCGGCCUAAAGGUCCACAACGCAACCGAAGAUGCCGCCAGAGGAGAACGAAUCAAAGCGAUUCAAUCUAUAGCAAAAGCAGCCGAGGCAAUAUGGAUACUCACAUUCAAUAACGAUCUAGGUCAGGAAGAAUUCUUCAGGAUAGGGGCAGUGGAUUCGUUGAUCAUGGUUCUCCGGACCUGUCAUAUCGAAAACUCUGAAAAUGGGAAACGAUAUUCUCAUUCCAGCAAGGCAGUCAUGUGGAGUUUAGCAGCUCUCCAAAACUUGGCGGCAACCUUUUGCUAUUCCGAAACGGGAUACUGUCAAUGGAUCUGGAAUGACAAGGGUGAAUUGGUAAUGACAGGAGCGAAGCCGAGAAGCAAAAUUGGGUACAAAGUGCGACAGAAGAUCAUGAUGCAUCUAGCGAAUACGGAUCUGUCGGCAAUAUUGUGCUCUCUGAUAUGUCUUGGACCUGUCAGCAAGCCUCAUGGUAGGAUAUAUGCAUGGCCAAGUCAGAGUAAUGCGCACGCACAUCAGAACUUUCCAUCCAUAAUCCCUUGGGCGGCCAUUGGUUUUGUAAAGAACCUGGCCUUAUCAGAAGAUGUUUCAAGGUUGUGGAAAGAAAACAACCAAUUGUUCGAGUGCCUGUGUGUUAUUGCGAAACGAUCACCAGAUUGGCUGGAAAUUGUAAACGCGGAAGAGGCCUUGCAUCAUCUAGGUUGGCGAGAUUCGUGUCCCAGUUUUCAUGAUAGAUGCAGUGAUUAUCCCAAGUGGACUUUUCUGGACUCGGAUGAGGAUUGUCCGCAGUUUGAGGAAGAGCGAUACUGCGCAACCUAUGGAGAGACAAAGAACGAAAAUGGUACAUCUGCCAACGAGGCGUGCUGUGCUUGCGGUGGAGGAAUUCCGAAUAAGGGCAAGGCUGACACCAACCACAACAAUAUGAACAACAACAAAGAAGAAGAAGACAAAAGUAGCUACCAAGAUUUAUAG